AUGAAAUUACUGUUUUCGCUUCAAUUAUGGGUCCUCAUAGGGACUCUUUUUCCAGACGCUGGUGCGAUCAAUUUGCAAGACAAUAAGGACUCUAUAUGUGCAGCCACUGCUUUGAUUCAAGGUGGUAUGCUUGAUUAUUAUGAAGGUACUCGUUACGGUGGUACUGUAGGUAUGUUUCAGCCUCCAUACUAUUGGUGGCAAGCUGGUGUUGCGUUUGGUGGUAUGUUAGAAAAUUGGUUUCUAUGUCAGAACGACACAUACAAGGAUUUGUUAAUGAAUGCUUUGGUAGCGCAAACUGGUCCAAAUUAUGAUUAUAUUCCAGCCAAUCAGACUACAGUGGAAGGUAAUGAUGACCAAGGUGUUUGGGGUCUUACAAUUCUAGAUGCAGUUGAGCGUAACUUCUCCGCUCCAAUUGAUGGUAAACCAGGUUGGUUAGCCAUGAGUCAAGGUAUCUUUAAUACUAUGUACGCAAGAUGGGACAUGCAAAGUUGUAAUGGUGGUCUAAGAUGGCAAAUUUUCACUUGGAAUAGUGGCUACAAUUAUAAAAACACUAUUUCAAAUGCAUGUCUAUUCCAGAUCGCUGCUAGAUUGGGUAGGUACACCGGUAACACCACUUAUUUAGAUGUUGCAGAAAGAGUCUUUGAUUGGCUUGUUGGUGUUGGUUACAUUGUAUUGUCUGAGAAAGGUAAUGUUUAUGAUGGUGCCAAGGUUGAGGAUAACUGUACUGACAUCACCGCUAUUGAAUGGACUUAUAACCACGGUGUUGUUUUGGGUGGGUUAGCUUAUAUGUACAAUGCAACCAAUGGUUCCUCUGUAUGGCAGUCUAGAUUGACUUCAGUUCUUGGCGGUGCUACUGCAUAUUUCUUCCAAGAUGAUAUUAUGUAUGAGAGUGCCUGUCAACCAUAUAAGACAUGUAACAACGAUCAAAGAUGUUUCAAGAGUAUUUUCUCAAGAAUGUUAGGUUUCACUAGUGUGUUAGCGCCAUUUACUAGUGACACAAUCGAUCCAUUGUUAAAAGCUAGUGCUAUGGCAGCUGCAGGUUCCUGUGAUGGUGGUACAGAUGGUCAUACUUGUGGUCUAGAUUGGCAAUUAAAGACAAAUGAUGGUUACUAUGGUCUUGGAGAACAGAUGAGUGCACUCGAAGUAAUACAGCAACUGCUUAUCCAUGAGAGACCUGCCCCAUACCGGGCUGAUAAUGGUGGAACUUCAGUUGGUGAUGCAGCUGCUGGUUUAAACUCAACAACAACAAAUGUUCUAAAGAAUAACUUGAAAAUCACUGGUGGUGACCGUGCUGGUGCGGCAAUUGUAACAACCAUUGUGUUAGGUAUAAUAAUUGGAGGUGCUGCCUGGAUGAUGUUUUAA